AUGGGGGGCGGCUGCGAGAACAGCAGCGCGCUGAGGGUGGAGGGCGAGGCGUGGGCGGGGUCCCCGUGCGACGAGCGCCUCUGCAGCUCCCUGCCGCUGCCCGCGCUCAUCCCGGUCACCGCCGUGUGCCUCGGCCUCUUCCUGGUGGGGGUGGCGGGGAACGUGCUGACCGUGCUGAUCCUGCGGCGCUGCCGGGAGCUGAAGACCACCACCAACCUGUACCUGGGCAGCAUGGCCGUGUCCGACCUGCUCAUCCUGCUGGGGCUGCCCUUCGACCUCUACCGCCUCUGGCGCUCCCGGCCCUGGAUCUUCGGCCAGCUGCUCUGCCGCCUCUCCUACUACCUGAGCGAGGCCUGCACCUACUGCACCAUCCUGCACAUCACGGCGCUCACCGUGGAGCGCUACCUGGCCAUCUGCUUCCCGCUCAAGGCCAAGGUGGUGAUCACCAAGCGCCGGGUCAAAGCGGUGAUCGGGACCCUGUGGGCCUUCGCCCUGCUCUCGGCCGGGCCCUUCUUCUUCCUGGUGGGCGUGGAGCAGCGGGACAACCAGACCGACUUCAGCCGCGAGUGCCGGCUCACGCCGCUGGCCACCGAGUCCGGCCUGCUGGGCAUCAUGUUGUGGGUCACCACCAGCUACUUCAUCCUGCCCGUCCUCUGCCUCAACGUGCUCUACGGCCUCAUCGGCAGGGCGCUGUGGAGGAGCAAGGUCCGGCCCCAGGGCCCCAACGCAGCCCUCAGGGAGAAGGGGCACAGACAGACCAUCAGGAUCCUGGCUGUGGUGGUUCUGGCGUUUAUAAUUUGCUGGUUGCCAUUCCAUGUGGGCAGGAUCAUAUUUAUAAACACUCAGGAUACCAGCAUGAUGCUUUUCUCCCAGUACUUUAAUAUAUUCGCUUUGCAGCUUUUCUAUCUGAGCGCAUCCAUCAACCCAAUCCUCUACAACCUCAUUUCAAAGAAAUACAGGGCAGCUGUCUACAAACUCCUGCUCCCACGCAGAUCUGGAGAAAGGGCUUUCAGUGCUACCCGAGAUACUGGUGGCUACACUGAGACCAGCACUAGCAUAAAAAAAGAGUACAUAACCCCCUUCUGA